GGUCCUCUUGUUUAGUAAACAGAGUGCUCUCAGAGGCGCAGGAUCUGACCGAUCUGGCAACUAUAAUCUUAGUCGGAAGUACACGUUGUAAAUAAAAACUUAGCUAAGUACUAAAAAUAGUGAUAAUAUAAAAAUGAAUUUUAAAAUAACUCUUUGCUUGCUUCUGGCUGCGUUAUGUCUAGUCUCUGCUGAAGAUAAGAAAGAAGAAAAAAACGACGACAAAAAAGAAGAAAAGCAGGACCAAAAUAAAGAUGAAAAAAAGGACGAAAAAACAGAGGAAAAGAAAAACAUCACUAUACCCGACUACAUAACGCCUUGCGACGUCAUGAAAGACUUCGACAGCUGCGUCAAGAAGCAGAUCGAGAUCAGCCUGCCACACUUCACCAAGGGAAUCCCCGAGCUGGGAGUACCGUCCAUAGACCCGGUAGACCUGGAUAAUAUCAAGAUUGACGGCAACGGCCUCAAGCUGCUCUUCACUGAGGCCAAAAUGCUGGGCCUGAGUUCUGCUAAGCUGUCAGACUUUAAAAUCAACCUCCUGGAGGAGAAGUUCUCGCUGUCGUUCCGCGUGAACAUCACCGUGGCGGCUAAGUACGUGGUGGACGGCCAGAUCCUCAUCCUGCCCAUCAAGGGGAAGGGGGACGCCGUCGUCAAAGCACGUAACAUCGAGGUGUUCAUAAAGAGCAAAGUGAACGUGAUGAACGAAUCAGACGGACAACACCUCAAGCUGAACACUCCCAGCUACACGUACAAAAUAGAGAAAACUACCUUCAAGUUUCAGAACCUGUUCAAUGGCAACAAACAGCUUUCGGACGCGACACACCAGUUCGCCAACGAGAACUGGAAGCAGAUAAUGGACGACCUGGCCCCGCCGGCCGUCAAGCAGAUAGUCCGGACCACGAUCAGGAAUAUCAACAAAUUCUUCGCCAAAGUCACCGUCCCACAAAUAAUGAUAGGUUACGACGAACUUCGUCGCUCUAAUAGCACUAAUUAGUUCAAAUAAAACUGUGAUAUUUAAAA